AUGGCUUUAAUAUUUUUUUUCGAUACUUCCGUUCAGGAGAAAAAGCAAGCUGUCUGCUUCCUCUUGGUGAUUGGUGUACACAUUGCCGCCUUGAUAUUCGCCGUGGACUCCUUCGCACAGCACGAAAAGUCGUCAUCGGCGAUGAGAAAUGAGCUCCGUCAGAGAUACGAUGGGGUGGGAGUCAACGUGUACAGCCAGAGGUUUGGUCAGCUCCAAGAGAGUUAUGAGUGUUGCGGCGUGAACGGGGUCACGGACUACACGGCCGAGUUAGAGGCGUUUGAACGUUACAAUGCUAACCUCGGGACUUUACGGAGCUUUCCGCCAAGAAGCUGUCUCGGCGCCGACGACGAAGUUUCCUCUCAGCAAGCUGUCUGCUUCCUCUUGGUGAUUGGUGUACACAUUGCCGCCUUGAUAUUCGCCGUGGACUCCUUCGCACAGCACGAAAAGUCGUCAUCGGCGAUGAGAAAUGAGCUCCGUCAGAGAUACGAUGGGGUGGGAGUCAACGUGUACAGCCAGAGGUUUGGUCAGCUCCAAGAGAGUUAUGAGUGUUGCGGCGUGAACGGGGUCACGGACUACACGGCCGAGUUAGAGGCGUUUGAACGUUACAAUGCUAACCUCGGGACUUUACGGAGCUUUCCGCCAAGAAGCUGUCUCGGCGCCGACGACGAAGUUUCCCCUCAGGGAUGUCACGAGAGUGUGAAAAACGCCUUAUACAACCUCUACGUCUCCAUCCUGGUCCUUAGUUCCGUCUCCAUAUUUUGUGCGUUACUGUUGUUUGUACUGGCCAUAUGCCUGUGUGUACGCUACAAGGAGGACGCCAUUAUCACGCAUCUUUGAUGAACAGUGACGUCACAACAGUCGUCUGCUUAACGUUCUUUCCAAUCUAGAAUUCUAAAUUCUAAAGUUUUUGUGGAAGCUUUUGUUCUGAGCCACAAACUUUUUAAAUGACA